AUUUAGAUUGUCUUGCGUAAAAGGUGAAUGAUGAGAUACGUUCGCGAUACGAGUUUACACGUACUAAGGUACAUUUCGGAGUUGGUCGUUGUUAUUCGUCGAGUCAUCGCGGUUAAGUAAUACAUGUUAUUGGAUUGAAAUAUGACAUUUAAAAUCAGAUUUCAUCAUCGAUGUUUUGACACUGGUGAAAUCUUUGUAUCUUUCCAUACUGUAGCAUGGUCUCUUCCAUGUACAAUAUUAAGACGUGCAUAACAACUUAACAACGUGUCUUCCUUGAAAAUAUUUUGUGGAGCAACAUCAGUAAAAUGGAGAUUUCAAUACGAGACAAAGUUCUCACUUUUGUCGAUAUUAUAAUGAGAGUGCCACCUUUAUUUAUAAUUGAUGAGUUACUCAAAAUUUCUCUCGGGAUAUCUGUUAAUGAUGAUUAUAUGUCAAAACUAAACAUUGGCUAUCCUAUUUCAUCAAUUGCAAUAGACUAUGAUGAUUUUCUGAUGAAAGAAUUAUUCUUUACUGAUAUUCCUUACAAAUAUUAUUUGAUAAUCUCAUGUAAAAUUGUAUGUUGUUGUUUAGGAUGCAUCGCAGCCUUAUACAUGUUUAUGUUGUGUACUCAACAUUUAAUAAUUAUAUAUCAAUAUCUGAUAUCUGUGGGACUGAUAUUUGUCUCAUAUUGGUCAAAUGUCAGUAUGAUAAAAGCGAUUAUAGCUUACAUGAAUGUUCAUGAAUCCAGCGUUCUUGACAAUGCAUUAAGUCUGAAUCUAUCAGAACUUCUAUAUAACGGUCCAGGACUUCUGAUUAUUCAGAACUACAUAUUUCAACUUCUGCUAGCUAGUAUGUUUUGCUACAUUCAUCUUGCUCCGAGACAUUCUUUAAUUCAGAAGCUUCUUGUGAUGAGCUUCAUGUCACCAUCUAUGUUGAGUAUUCUUCCUUUACCGGUACAAUAUCUGCAUCAUGCGCCAGUGUGCGCGACAAUGAUUCCACUGGGUGUAUGUAAAUUCAUCAUCUGGUAUAACGGUGUCUCUAUGCUGAAAACAAUCUACAUAGGUUAUCAACAUAAACGUAAUUUCAUAAUCAAUUACGGUGUGUCCGCUCUCGCGGAAACAGAAUGGAUGCGUUUAAAUGUACCGUCCGUGCUUCGUACAUUUUGGAUACUGCGCGUGAUAGAUCAAGUCAGACAAAUUCUCAGCGAUGACUACGGCGAAGACACAUUCAAUUAUUAUGUCAUGAUCAAAAUGCUGUUGGUAAAUGGCUGUGAAACUUUAACGGCCGUCCUUGGCAUGACUAGUAUAAUCUCGUUUAUUUGUCAUUAUAUCGGUUGUUUCUUCCAAUGGAUACUGCUGACGGAAGACGAAGAUGAGAAAAGUAUAGGCACUGUGUCCGCCAUAUUAUUCUACAUUCUCGCUUUGCAAACAGGGCUCACGAGUCUUGAUAACCAAAAACGUUUGGUACGGCUCUGCCGUAAUUUCUGCUUAUUAUUCACAGCAAUUUUGCACUUUGUGCACAACAUAGUAAAUCCACUCUUAAUGUCACUCAGCGCUUCUCACAACCCGGUUCUGCAUAGACAUUUGCGGGCGUUGGCAGUCUGCGCGUUUCUGAUUAUCUUUCCAGUGUCGUUAUUGACGUUUCUGUGGUCGCAUUUCACAGUGAGCACGUGGCUAUUGGCUGUAUCAGUCUUCAGUAUUGAAGUAAUAGUCAAAGUACUAGUCUCACUGGCAAUUUAUUCGCUAUUUCUGAUUGACGCGUACAGAACCGGGUUCUGGGAGCAAUUUGACGAUUGCGUGUACAUCAUAAAAUCAUUCGGUAAUACAGUGGAAUUCGCUUUCGGCAUUAUAUUAUUUUUCAACGGUUUUUGGAUACUAGUCUUCGAAUCCGGGGGAGCGAUUCGUGCUAUGAUGAUGUGCAUACAUGCCUACUUCAACAUUUGGUGCGAGGCCAAAGCCGGAUGGAGUGUGUUUAUUAAGCGCAGAACGGCUGUGAACAAGAUCAACUCUUUACCAGAAGCGAAAGCCGAGCAGCUCGCGAUGCUGGACGAUGUUUGUGCGAUUUGCUAUCAAGAAAUGCAGAACGCCAAAAUCACUAAGUGCAAUCAUUAUUUUCAUGGCGUAUGUUUGCGGAAGUGGCUAUACGUUCAAGACCGAUGUCCCCUUUGUCACGACAUACUAUACAAAGUGGAAAACGUGCAAAAUAGAGACUCCGGCAAUCCAGAGGAAAACAGACAGAACAUUGAAGAUAACGUAAUCGUGCAAGCCGAACAAAAUUCGAAUGUUCAAAACAAUCAAAGUCCAUCGUCCAGGCCACGUAAUGCACAAAGGUGAAAUAACAUGUACGUAGUUUUCCAUAUAUAUUGUGUGAUAUAAUAUAAAUAAAACAAGAUACUUAAUAAAGUAAAUGGUAACAAUUAAAAUAAAGUAAUUAAUAAAGUAAAUGAUAACAAAACCAGUUUCUCAUAAAGUAUCGAUGAUCGGAAUCUCGCUCAAACACACUUUGCUCUUUAUGUGUGAAUCACUCUUUAUGAACUUAUAUAUAAAAUAAUAUAAUAAUUAUUACGAAAGAACUUAAAAUCGUUUGUUUAAAUUUCGAAAAUCUAUAUAGACAUAAUUAUUUUUAGAACAAAGAUCACGAUCAUAUUGUAAAAAGUACUUGGCGUAUCAACGACCCUUUGACCGAUUCAAUAACUGAUAUCUAUAGCUAAAUGUAUUUUUGGAUAAUUAUUACGUUAUAAUCGCAUUGUAUACAUAGACAGAAUCAUAGUCUCUAAUAAUAUUUCGCUUCCGUGUAUGCCAUGUGCUUCCACAAAACACACACAUAUAUGUUUAAACUAUAAUUUUUUUUACUGAUUUCUAUGUUACUAAGACUUUUAACCUUUUCACUGCUGAAUAUUUGAUAAAUUAAUUUGUUCGUAAAAUAUGAGUGUUCAUAAACGUUUAUACGUAAAUUUGGUCACGCAUUAAUGGCAUUUGAUCAACUAAAGUUGUUUGAUAUAAUUAAUCUAAAUGAUUUCCUCAUUACUGUAAGACAAGCCUUUUAACAUAUUUUGCAUACAUGCUUUUUUCUAGCUAUUUUUAUGUAAAAAGCUAUACGCUCACAGCAUUGAUCGCGCUGUUAUAAAUUUUCUGUUUAUAUCGUAGCAUAGUUUGCUUCAAAAGUCAGUGAAAGGGUACAAAGAAAAUUUUAUUUUUCUAUCACAUAAUAAAUAGUUUUUUUCGUUAGAUCAUAGAGAAACUGCACGAGAUAUCAUUAUACUAUAUACAUACAUAAAUAUGAUAUAAUAUAAACUGAAGAGACUGGAGCAAAUUAUUUUUGAAACUGAG